ACCAUCAGGAGCUCCAACAAAACUGCUCUUAAUGCCAUUUGACCGCUAGCUUAAGACUCCAAACCUGAUGCAAGAGAUGCCUCCUCAAGUGAAGAACUGUCGGAUAACAAGCUCGAAAUCUUCUUUGAUAAUUAAAUAAGGAGUUUGCAGAUAAUGAAAGCAAAAACUAAAAACUGAGUGAAUUCGAAACAAGUCUUAUUCCCACACAACCAAAACACAUCUUUCCAUAUGUUGUGCUGUGUUCUUGUCUCAAGUGUUCAACCAAAUCAGCUCAUGGGUGGUAAUGCAUCACUCAGGUUCGCUAAGCUCCAAGUUUCAGUAUCAGCAAGCAACAGAAACAGUGCAUUGUGCCCCUCCAAAACCAUUCCAAUAUUAGGCUCCGUGAAAUUCUCCGAUAUGGUUCCCAACCAGUGCAGAAGGAAACUACACUAUGAAAGGUCUGAAAUAAGACAGAAGCUUCAACACGCGAAAUUCGGAUAUAAAUUACGAGAAGUUAAAAGUGGGACGGGGACAUUCUCGAUUCAGAAGACGCGUAAGGGGCUUGAUGCAUCGUUUCUCUGGGUCAAUUUACGCUCUCGGUCUCAAAAAUUCAUAACUCAUUCCCCCCUGAAGAACACGAUGCUGCUCAUUCUUGUGUCUGCUCCUGAUCGGGGCGAUCUUCUUCGCGUUCCUGAAGCUGCUGGACCAGCGAUUCCUCCUCCACUGCUACGAGUGCCAGGGCCCGGAGAGCGGGCCGUGCGGCCACCCGCCGCGGCCGAACACCUCUUCCUUCCUGGCCAACCGUGUGCUCUGCCUGGGCAAGGUCUGCGUGGCCCGCUGCGAGGGCGGGCGCAGUCGGAUCGUGACGCGCGGCUGCGAGGACUUCGAGAUGGCCGUCUCGUCGAACCGCACCGCCCUGGCCGGGAACACGGACCUCAAGCAGGCCGGCUGGUGCAACGAUGUCUUCGAGACCGGGGCCUGCAACGCCUACGAAAACGUCUGCAAGUACUACCGCCCCCCGGGCAGGACCCGGCAGGGAAAAGGCAAAGGUAGGCGGAGGAACUAUACGGAUUACAGCAGGCGCGGAGGAUCACAGCAGCCCUGGAUUCAGCAGCCACUGCCGAGGGGGAACAGGACCGGGAGGCCGUGAUCUCUUCUCGAAGGGACCAGCAGCUCUGUACCUCUCACCCACGGCCGUCAAAAGAUAUAGAGACGAGAUUCUCGGCCCUUGCCCCUGAGAGGGAGGAAACUGAAGAUGAGCCGGUAGCGCCCGCUCCCAAUUCGGGUCUGGCAAAGCUUUCGCGGCUUUUAAUUCGCGGAGGCGGUUGCGGAGGUCGGCGGAGAUCGCGGGAAAUCGGGAAACGAAGAUCCCGGGAAAUCGGGAAACGAAGAUCCCGGGAAAUCGGGAUACGAAGAUCCCGAACAUGGCACGCCCCGUGGGACGCGGACCAUGGGAAACGCUGAGAGCACCCGCUGAGGUCAGUUUAAGACAUCCGGCCCCGGGAGGAACCGUUGUCAAGUCGCCUUUCCGUCCACAGGCAAAACUCCGUAUGAACCUUCCGGCGUUGUCAAAUUUCCUCCGCUAAAAUACGAAUCUACCGGGAAAAAUCUUGAAUAAUUUUCCUCCGAUUUUUCAGCCGGUAUUAUUCGCACUUUAAUUGGAUUGCAUUUUGCAAAAAGGAACCACGAGCAUUACAAUUUUGUUAAGAUUGUUCAACUGAAAUGCUUUGCGAAAAAUUACAGAAAUCAUGAGGAAAAUUAAAUUUACAAAGGUAAUUUUCAUCUCAAAUCCACGGUUUACUUGGAGUAAAGGUUAAACUUGUUUAGAUGAUCAGU